AUGUGGCAUUCGUCAAAUUUGAAACAAAUUCGAUUCAGCAUCAGUCAUCUGUAUGGCUUUGGUUUGGUGGAUGCCGAGGCCAUGGUGGUGGAAGCCAAGAAGUGGAGAAACGUUCCUCCUCAGCACACCUGCAGCAAAACCUCUGACCGCAGAACCCGAACCGGCACACAUCACAGCCGAGCGGCAUUGUGUCGCUCACACGGACCCUGGAAUGUUUGGCACCGCUUCCUGCAGCAUUGUUCCGAAAUGGAGUUUGAAUCUUCCAGAUUGUUUGAUAACUCCAACGAGGGCUUCAGGAACUGGGAGUUCAUGACGGUUCAUUGCUGGGGGGAGAGAGCGGAGGGCACGUGGACGCUGGAGAUUUCAGACUCGCCGUCUCAGCUGCGUAACCCUGAGGUGUUGGGUAAGGAACGGAGGAAUGAGGUUCAGACCAGCAUCAGGACGUGUGUUAGUCACUGUCCUCUGGGUUAUUUCGAGGACGGAGAGGCCCGCAGAUGUCGCCGCUGUCACCGAGGCUGUGAGAAGUGUGUGACUCGCAGGCCGAACGGGUGCCGCUCCUGCCGGAGAGGGCUUUACUUCGACUCGAAGGAGAGCACCUGUGUGGAGACCUGUCCCGUCGGCUACUUCCACGACGACGGCCAGAGACGUUGUCUGAAGUGUCAUGAGAACUGUUUGAAAUGCUUGCGAGACGCAGACAGAUGCACGGCCUGUAAAGAUGGCUUCAGUCUGGCAGGAAUGACCUGCAUUCCAGAGUGUGCCAAUGGAACGUUUUUUAACCUGGAAGAAAUGAAGUGCAGCCCCUGCCACAUCUCCUGCUCCACAUGCACAGAAACUUCCUGUGCACGGUGUGAGGAGCACUGUUUGAGCUGUCAGGGUCCUGGAACGAGCUGCACGCAGUGUAAGGACAGAUACAGCCUCGUCAGCCGGACCUGCAUCAUGAACGCCACCUGUAACAACGCGGAUGAAGUAUUCUGCGAGAUGGUCAAGUCGAACCGACUAUGUGAGAAGAAGCUCUUUCGUCAGUUCUGCUGCCGGACAUGUUUGAUGACGGCUGGAUGACAGCAAGAAAAGAGACAAAUGGACUGACCUACUAUUUCUUUGGUUGUAUUAUCUAAUGUACAUUUUAAACUAGUUAUGCUGUGAUUAUUAAAGGAAUAGUUCCGCCAAUAAUGAAA